AGCGCAGUAGCAGCGGGAGGAGAGGAGAUUCAGCCUUCAACCUCUAAACACCCCAACAGAUCUGGGGGGAGAGAGAAGAACUAGAGAGAGAGAGAGAGAGAGAGAGAGAGAGAGAGAGAGAGGGAGAGAGAAGCGGAGGGUUGCUGCUCGCCUUCUGGGCGGAGACACACACACACACACACACACACACACACACACACCAGCACACGCACGCACACACCACCUCAGCACCCAGAUAGAGGGGGAGCGGGAAAGCGGCAGCGGAGGAGGAAGAAGGAUGCAAGGGAAGAAGCCGAGCGGCUCUUCGGGCGGUGGUGGCAACGGAGGCAGGAGCGGCGAGCUGCAAGGGGAUGAGGCGCAGAGGAACAAGAAGAAGAAAAAGAAGGUGUCCUGCUUCUCCAACAUUAAGAUCUUCCUGGUGUCCGAAUGCGCCCUGAUGCUGGCGCAGGGCACGGUGGGCGCUUACCUGGUCAGCGUCUUAACUACCCUAGAGCGGAGAUUUAACCUGCAGAGUGCUGAUGUUGGUGUAAUCGCUAGUAGCUUUGAGAUUGGUAACUUGGCCCUUAUCCUCUUUGUGAGCUACUUUGGAGCCAGAGGACACCGGCCACGUUUAAUAGGGUGUGGUGGAAUAGUCAUGGCCUUAGGAGCUCUGCUUUCUGCACUGCCUGAGUUCCUGACCCAUCAAUAUAAGUAUGAGGCUGGAGAGAUCCGAUGGGGAGCCAAAGGACGGGAUGUGUGUGCUGCCAAUGGGUCCACCAGCAACAAGAGACCAGACCUGGAGCUAAUCUGCAGGAAUAGGACUUCCACAAACAUGAUGUACUUGCUUCUCAUUGGUGCACAGGUCCUACUGGGGAUUGGUGCUACCCCUGUGCAACCUUUGGGAGUCUCCUACAUUGAUGACCACGUGAGAAGGAAAGAUUCUUCCCUGUAUAUAGGGAUCCUUUUCACAAUGUUGGUGUUUGGACCAGCCUGUGGAUUCAUCCUGGGCUCCUUCUGUACCAAAAUUUAUGUGGAUGCUGUCUUCAUUGACACAAGUGUCCUGGAGAUCACCCCAGAUGACCCCCGCUGGAUCGGUGCCUGGUGGGUAGGCUUCCUGCUCUGUGGUGCCUUACUCUUCUUCUCCUCUCUCUUGAUGUUUGGGUUUCCACAGUCCUUGUCCCCACACCCAGAUCCCACAGUGGAGAGCGAGCAAGCCAUGCUCCCUGAAAGAGACUACGAGAGGCCCAAGCCCAGCAAUGGGGUCCUGAGGCACCCACUCGAGGCAGACAACAGCACUUCCUGUUUUCAGCAGCUGAGAGUGAUUCCUAAAGUGACAAAGCAUCUGUUGUCUAACCCUGUGUUCACCUGCAUCGUCCUGGCAGCCUGUAUGGAGAUUGCAGUGGUGGCUGGCUUUGCUGCCUUCCUGGGAAAGUACUUGGAACAGCAGUUUAACCUCACAACUUCAUCAGCCAACCAGCUGCUGGGGAUGACUGCUAUCCCAUGUGCAUGUCUGGGUAUAUUUCUAGGAGGUCUUCUUGUAAAGAAGCUCAGCCUGUCCGCUCUGGGAGCCAUUCGGAUGGCCAUGCUAGUUAACCUGGUGUCUACAGCUUGUUAUGUUUCCUUCCUCUUCCUGGGGUGUGACACAGGUCCUGUGGCUGGGGUUACUGUUCCCUAUGGAAAUGACUCAGCACCUGGUGUAGCUUUGGAUCCCUAUUCUCCUUGCAAUAAUAACUGUGAAUGCCAAACCGACUCUUUCACGCCAGUCUGUGGGGCAGAUGGCAUCACUUACCUGUCUGCUUGCUUUGCUGGAUGCAACAGUACGAAUCUCACUGGCUGUACCUGUCUCACAUCCGUCCCCUCUGAAAAUGCAACAGUAGUUCCUGGGAAAUGCCCCAGCCCUGGUUGCCAAGAGGCCUUCCUUACAUUCCUCUGUGUGAUGUGUGUCUGCAGCAUGAUAGGAGCGAUGGCUCAGACUCCAUCUGUGAUCAUUCUCAUCAGGACAGUCAGCCCUGAACUCAAGUCUUAUGCUUUGGGGGUUCUAUUCCUGCUCCUUCGUUUACUGGGCUUCAUCCCUCCUCCCUUGAUCUUCGGGGCAGGCAUUGACUCCACCUGCCUGUUCUGGAGCACAUUCUGUGGCGAGCAGGGUGCCUGUGCCCUCUAUGACAACGUGGUGUACAGAUACCUGUACGUCAGCAUCGCGAUUGCCCUCAAAUCUUUUGCGUUCAUCCUUUACACCACAACGUGGCAGUGCCUGAGGAAAAACUAUAAACGAUACAUCAAAAACCACGAGGGUGGGCUCAGCACGAUGCCAUAAGAUGUAUUGGAAUUGUGCCAUGUGGAGCAUCUCCAAUAGAAGAAAAACCCGACUGAACUAUGUUCUGUUUCAACCCUUCUUAAUGAAAGCAGUUGAAUGUAUGAAUGUGUCAUUUCUGAUGCUAUGGAGUGCAGGAGACCUGCCAGUCAUGAUUCCAUCCUAGCAGGAUCUAAUUCUGAGCUUCAGUUUCAAUUAUCUCUUCUCCUCCCUUGCAGGAAAGUCUUUCCAGAGAGGCAAUUAGCAUCUAAGAAAUUAUCAUAGGGCAUGAAAAGCCCACAAAAAGAGACACCCCCCACCAGGGUAUGUGGGAAGAGUGUUUCUCGGGAUGAUUGGUGGAAAGAGGAUCCUUUUGUAAAAUUUUCUUGGGGGAAGGAGAAAUGUCCAGAAUUUAAUAAGCAUCAAAAAAAUUUUAAUCAAAUCUUGCCAAACUUUAAGACCCUCAGUAUAUUCUCAGAAGUUGAUAUGUUUCCCAAUUUUCUCAUCACUCUUUGGCAUGUUUAUCCUGACAACAAUUAUAUUAUCUUCAAGAACCCAUCCAUAUCAAUCCUUUCCAUUUCCUUGUCCCACUCCCCUACUCCCCAAACAAAUUCAAAGGUUUUAGACAGCUUGAGUCUUUCAGUAGGGUUGGGGAGAAAAACGUUUCUGCCCUUUACCCAAAACUAAUGUGUUUUUUCCUUCCCAGGGAAGAACUCAGCUAUAAAGAAUACCAUUUCUCCCAUUCAAUGGCAUCUUUUGUAUCACUGGGACAAAGUCCAAAAAGGAAAAAAUAAAAGAGCUGCAACCUUCCUAACCCCAUUCAGCACCUAGCAUUAAACAUAAAUGUGGCACGCCAUAGUCAGUGAGAUAAGAGCAGCUUAUAAAUAAUCAAUGAGACUGCAACUGGAUUCUUAGUGCCAGUUUAAAAGAAACCACAGCAACCUUCUUUUACACUGGAAUCAGGGCUGAAAAUUUUUGUGCCAGAAAGGAGGCUGCUUUGCUCACCUGGCAGUGUGGAUUGAGGAAAACAGAGACUAGGUCCAAGAUGCUGGGAGAGAGAAGAGGCCUUCAAGGAGUAAAAGUGUGUGUGUGUGUGUGUGUGUGUGUGUGUGUGUGUGUGUGUAUGUGUGUAUUUCUGUCACUUACCUACAUCUUAUGAUAGAUGUCUGUCAUAUCUUCUAGCUAGGCUAUCUAUGUCAUAUAUAACAUAUAAUACUAAUCCUAUGACUCAAAGAUUUUCACAGGUGAUUGGCACAGAAUAAGAACUGGGAGGCAUAAGUUUAUGCCGCAAAUAUAUACUAAUUCCUAGCAAUAACUGGGGUAUAUAGAAUAAACUCAUACUGCUGGAUCUUGACAUAAAUAUGUUCAGAAAUAUGUUUUUCCUUUU